CGCUUUCCUGUUUACGGGCGGGAAGAGCGAACUGACUGGAAGCUAGUACUCUGUUUAAAAUCGGCCGCACAUUUUCUCUUAAAUUCUCCUCUUCAUGCUGGUGCUUUUGCAGGAUUUAAUGGUGCAUUGCGAGGACUUCUUCUAGCGGACCUUUGCAGAGAAAACGACAGGAUUUGCUCCCUCUUUUUGGACCAGAUGGAGGAUCCUCCUGCAGAUUCAGACCAGGGCCCCGUGGUGCAGGUGGCUGAGAUCCGCUGGCCGCUUACAGCUCUCCCUCUUCGGCUACUGGAGUGGAAAGUGAAGCCUGGAACUCUGGUGAAUGUGGACUCUGUGUUAGCCCUGUGUGCUCCUAUAAGCCAGGAUAAAGGCGCAGAAACAGCCAGGCUACCCGAGAAAAAGGUGAAAGCAGACCGAGCUGGAGUAGUGAAGGAGCUGUGCUGUCAACUGGGACAAGUCAUUCCUCCAGGGGGUGUCAUCAUCAGAAUAGAAGAAUGCAGCCAUCCCAUAGUAAUGAAGGGUCUAUGUGCCGAAUGUGGCCAGGACCUGACUCAGCUGCAGAGCACAAAUGGGAAGCAGCACAUUCCCAUCUCCACGGCAACCGUGUCCAUGGUGCACAGCGUCCCUGAGCUGAUGGUCAGCUCCGAGCAAGCAGAGCAGCUGGGCAGAGAGGACCAGCAGAGGCUGCACAGGAACAGGAAGCUGGUCCUGAUGGUGGACCUGGACCAGACUUUGAUCCACACCACGGAGCAGCACUGCCAGCGCAUGUCCAACAAGGGCAUCCUCCACUUCCAGCUGGGCAGAGGAGAGCCGAUGCUCCACACUCGACUUCGCCCGCACUGCAAGGCUUUCCUGGAGAAAAUCGCCAAACUCUACGAGUUACACGUCUUUACGUUCGGGAGCCGCCUGUACGCACACACCAUCGCUGGUUUUCUGGAUCCCGAAAAGAAGCUUUUCUCUCAUCGGAUUCUUUCUAGAGACGAAUGCAUCGACCCGUUCUCCAAGACGGGGAAUCUAAGGAAUCUUUUCCCCUGUGGCGACUCCAUGGUCUCUAUAAUCGACGACCGAGAGGACGUGUGGAAGUUCGCCCCUAACCUCAUCACUGUGAAGAAGUACAUCUACUUCCAGGGAACGGGGGAUAUCAACGCUCCCCCCGGGUCCAGGGAGGCUCAAUUGGCAAAGAAAGCAGGUGGAAGUCGAUCGGCGGAGAGCACAGAAGGGACUCUUGGUGCCGAAGAACAGAAUAACGGACCCAGGAAAAAGACCAAAGACCAAAGCAUUUCUGCCAAGGAAGAGUCCACAACACCUCAGGAAGUUCCCACAAAUGAACGGACACAUCCCAAAGAGGUUGUGGAGGACGAGUCAGGGAAAGUUAAAGGGUCGGAGACUGACGCAGAGUCGAGGGAAACUCAGGUUAGCGACAGUACAAAUGCCAAGGAAGAUGAUAGCAACAGGACAUUGGUUACGAAAGCGCUAAAGGAGAGUUCAAACUCAUCAGUGCCGACCCAUGAGUCUAAUAACUUAGAAUUUGACCUUUCCAGUGACAGUGACAAUGACUCCGUAACCAACAAGCCUUCCACACCAGAGAGUGAGAGUGAAGGCAAGACGAAUAAGAAAUCUGGGCAGGAAGAGGUCAAGAAAGACCAUGGAGAAGGGACGAAGGAAGUGGAAAGUAACUGUAAAAGUGAAGGAGAAACCGGUUCUGAAUCGGCAGAACCUUCAGGAGUUCUUCCACCAGACCCUGAGUUGGGAAAUGGCUGCCCCGAUAAAAGAGAACCAGAAACCGAGUCCCAGAACAGCGAACAAUCCGGAGUCACAAUGGGGGAAGAGCUGCUCGACCAGAGUAUGGAGGACGAGGAGGAAGAAGAUGAAGAAGAAACCGAUAUCGACCAGGACGAUCACUUGAUCUACCUGGAGGAAGUUCUGGAAAGGAUCCACGGCGAGUACUACACAAGAUACGAAGCCUACCUGAAGAAGGAGGGAUCUGAAACGCCGGAUAUGCGCAAGAUUGCCCCGGAGUUGAAAAGUAAAACACUGGAAGGAACGACGAUAGUGUUCAGUGGACUUUACCCGACAAACUACCCGAUGGAGAGGACCAGAGAGCACUACCACGCCAAAGCACUGGGGGCGAAGAUCGGAAAACAUCUGGUUCUGAACGCCCAAGAUCCCAAUCGGACGACCCAUCUCAUCGCAGCGAGAGCCGGCACAGAGAAGGUCCGUCAGGCUCAGGAAUGUAAGCACCUCCAUGUGGUGAACCCUGAUUGGCUGUGGAGCUGUUUGGAGCGCUGGGAGAGGGUGGAGGAGACGCUGUACCCUCUGAAGGAGGACUAUACAAAGACAACCAGGAGCAACAGUCCAGCAGCUUUCCCUGAUAUUCAGGGUUCUCUGCAGAAGCAUAUUUUCCAGCCGGCUCCGAUCCUCCUCAGAUCCCAAUCUGCCGCCCCUGAGGUCCGGACGUACGACCCCGUCACCGGGAAGCUGAUCCGCCGGGGCCCUCAGGGGCAGAAGACCCUUUCCUACCUGCAGGGGUCCGGACCCUUCUCUGAUCACAGAGACCCGUCAAGUCUCAGAGGAGCUUCAUCGGGCCAGCAGGAUGGAGCGGACGGAUCGAGCCGAGACGACGAGCAGCCCGGUCCGUCUCGAAGGAAACGUCAGCUGAGCAUGUCUGAAACGAUGCCGCUGUACACACUCUGCAAGGAGGACCUGGAGAGCAUGGACCGAGAGGUGGACGACAUGUUAGACGAAGAGAGCGACAACGAAAGUGAAAGCCAGGGCAAAGAGAAGCCAGGUAAUGAGGAAGGGGAUGAUGAUGAUGAAGAGGAGCAGCAGCCAGAAGCUGGACAGAAAACAACAGCAGCAGCAGAAGGAGGAGGAGAAAGUGGAGGAGGAAUCGUUCCUCAGGAGAUGAGCGUGGAGGAAAAGAAGAUCCAGCCAGCAUCCAGUGAGGCCAGUGUGCUAAGGGGCCACAAACGUAAGCACGAUGAAGCCAAGGAGGAGGAGGAGGAGAAAAAGGACGAUGAAGAGGAAGGAUCUGCUGACGAGUCUUCGAAGGAUUCUAACGAGGAAGGAGGAGACAGCAGCUCGGAGGCGGACGAAAUGGCCGCUGCUCUGGAGGCAGAGCUCAAUGACUUUAUGUGACGAGACUCAGUCACAGGAAAAGGACAAGAGAACAUCAGCCCCUACGAUCGGUACCUAAAAAAAUCCUAUUUUUCUGCUUUUGAGUCAGUGUGUGCUUCGGAUGUAUGAGCCAUGAAUGUGCGCUGUAAUGAAAAUGAAUGUCCUGUACAGAAAUGAUGUCGCUGUGUAAAUAAAGGCUUAGAUUUGUUUUUGUAGCAUUGAUAUACAGCCUUUUUUUUUUGGCAUAAAACACUUUGAUGUUAACGUUUUAUUGUAAGAUAACGAAACCAUAGGAGACUUAAAAUUUGAUACUUUUUUUCUAUUUCAAUUUUUUAUAUUGAUAAGUAAAAGACGAAUGGGAUUUUGCUGGUCGUACAUGCCAAAGAGUUUGGAAUAGAUUUGCCAACGCGUGCAGCUAAAUAUUUUACUGUGGGUUCCAGUUUAACUUUUCCUUUGGCCUCCUCGACAGUUUUUUUUACGGUCAUAAAUGCAACCAGCAGAUCGAGGCGUUUGAAUGUGUUUUCCCAGUUCUUUGUCACCCAGGUGUUUGUACAUUUGAUAACAUAUUGGUAAUGUAAGCUCUUUAAGGUGCAUCGCCAUGACUCGAAUCCAAUUGAACUCUCAGUUUAUGUCCAUUUUCAUGUGUUUCAUAAGUAUUUGUGUACUUUGUCAUACCACCUGUACUAUAGCUGUUGUACAGUUCAGAAGAACAGACUUUAACUUAGUCUCUGCUUACGUACACUUGAGUUAUAAUGUAAAGCCUCCAAGGGGAAGUUCUCCCAAAUUACUCAAACCUAUUUUCUCCCUUGCCCUUAGUUGUCUAAUCAAAUGAGUCCUAAAACCAGGAAAUGAGUCAGGAUGUUACCACUUCGGUUCCCUCGUCUUGAAGUCGAAUGUUUUUUUGAAGUUUUUGGGCCUAAAAUAAGGUUUACACAAACUGAAGAGAUUUUGACGUUUUGUUUUACGACAUAAAAUCAGCAGUAAAUACCCCACUGUUGAAUUAAAAAAACGCCCGUUGCGUGAGAUGAAGUCAUUUGACCAUCUGUAGUUCCUUUUAUAACGUUAGCUUUUUGCUUAAGAAAUCACAAACUGAUGUUAAUAUGUGGAGAUUCAUCUUUUGAACAAAAUGUGUAAGUGUCCUAACUGUGGGUUUGCCACAGAAUUUUUUUAAGUAUUCCAAAAUCCUAUAGUUUUUUGUGGAGGGAACCGGUGUGAUGCUAACUUCCUGGUGGGACUACAAAAUGACGUCAUCACUGCACCACUUUGUAGUUUAGUUUGAGGUAUUUCAUGCUUCAGUUGUCUGUAGGAAGGAAGAUAACAUUAGUUACUAUCAGUGAGCAGAGAUAGAACAGCUUCACAUGGUUCAAACCAGCCUGUUUGGUAAAUAUAACCUCUUCACGAAAAGCAUGAACUUCAGGAUUUCUGUUUUUUUAACAUAAAAAAACCCGCUAUAAUCUCACUGCCAUUUUAACCUCCAUGUCCCAAGGUUGCUUUGAUUCAUUUUCUAAGUAGAGUCACAUCUACGGCACUGAGUCUUGUUUUUGUCUCUUUUUGUUCCUUUCCGACGGCAGGAGAUUACAUUUGAAUAUAUGCCCCAAAAAAUGAUUUCACCUUGAAAAACAACUCAUAAAUGUUUUCCUUUAACAUCUCGCCUUUUCAACCCGUUUGCUUUUGGUUGUGUUUUCUGUGUGUAUAAUGAGUUCCAAUCAAAAUUGUAAAGUAUUUCCUAUACUUGACCCUGAGAGAAAAAAUACUUUCGUCAAAUAAAAAUAUGUUUCUAAGACGAUGAA